AUGGACAUUUCUUCACCACAGAACGUCUUCUUUGGAAAGACCACGAACAGUUCUUGUGAAAAAUGCAGGCUCAGUAUUGCUGACCGAUCGAGAAAAAGUCGGGAGAUGUUUUGGCAAAAAGGUUCCCGAAUUCUUCCGGACUUUUUCCCACCUGACACGCAAAAGAGGAAAAGCAACCAUCACUAUAAAGCUCCCUCCGUGAAAAGAACAAGUGUUGUUAAACAGUAUUCGUGGGAGAAAGAAGAAAACGGACAAUGGGAAGCUCAAACUAUUGCUGAAUCGUGGAUGAUGUACUUUGGCCUAGAAGCAUGUGACCGGUGA